AUGCAAUACCAUAAUUAUUUCUUUAAACCAUCAAAUGAAAUUUAUAUAAAGAGAAAAUAGGCUGCAAUGAGAAAUCAUUUCGGAAAGAAUUGUAAUUCAAUUAGUUGAUUAAUAGAUUUAACUGCAAUUUCAAUAGCAUUCUCAUGUUACUAUCUUUUUAGUUUGUAUAGGGAUUGGUUAAUAGAAUUACCAGUUUGGUAGAAAUGGAGAUAAGAGAAAAUGACUUCUAAAGAAUCAUAUGAAUUCGUAAUUUAGGGAUUUCAUCCAAUGAGAAAGACUUUAAUUCAAUAGUUUAGUUAGUUUUGA